AACACUCACGCAUUUCUCAGAUGAACCGCAACCUCCGCAAGACACUCAACAUGCUCAACUUACUCAACCCUCCACCAGAAGAUCCGCCCACACCCGGGCCCUACGUCUUGUCACCGUCAAAAGCACGUCGUAUCGUGGCCCGCAUCAACGGUAUAGAACUCACCCCCCGUCGGCCCACGAGAGUCGCCAACUUAGGCAAGAGCAAGCCGGUGCCCAAUCCGCGUGCACAGCCGCCAGAGAUCCCGCAACCGGAUGAGGGCACCCCAUGACCCGAAGCCGCAAACGACGCAGGUCGGAAUCCGGAUCUGAACCCACGCUGGCCGCCAUACCAGGGAUGAAGAGGUGUUCUGGCACAGGACGCAGGUGAUGUCGGAGGGGUCGACGGUGAGACAGGAUGGCGAGAACGGAGGAUCGGUGGUGUCAGACAUAUCGAUCUGUUCGGAGAGCACCGUGAGAGGGAAGGGGAAGGGGAAGGGGAGGGAGACGUUGCCGGAUGAGGUCACGGUGUACGGCGGGCCACACGAUGCAGAG